AUGGCUACCAAACCCGAGGGCCUUCCAGAGAUGGAGUACCGCUUUCUGGGCCGGUCCGGCCUCAAGGUCUCGGCCAUUUCGCUGGGCGGCUGGCUGACUUACGGUGGCCACGUGGACAAAGAGGGCACUUUUGCGUGCAUGAAGGCCGCUUACGAUUGUGGUGUCAACUUUUUUGACAGUGCUGAGGCCUACUCUGAGGGCGAGUCCGAGGUGGUGAUGGGCGAAGCCAUUCGCAAGUUCGGCUGGAAGCGUAACGACCUGGUCAUUUCCACAAAGAUCUACUGGGGAGGUGCCUUCGGCAGCAACCGUACCAAUAACGUCGGCCUCUCGCGCAAGCACAUCAUUGAAGGCAUAAAUCAAUCGCUGGAGCGCCUUCAGCUGGACUACGUUGACCUCGUCUAUGCCCACCGACCCGACCGUCAGACGCCGAUGGAGGAAACCGUCCGUGCUUUUAACCACCUGAUCGACACCGGCAAGGUCUUGUACUGGGGCACGUCCGAAUGGAACGCCGAUGAGAUUGCGCAGGCCUGGCGGUACGCCGACAAGCUGGGCCUUGUCGGUCCACUGAUGGAACAGCCAGCAUACAAUAUUAUUGACCGCACCAAGGUCGAGCAAGAGUUUGCGCAUCUAUACCGCGAAACGGGCCUGGGCCUGACUGUCUUCUCGCCCAUGAAGCAGGGUAUCCUGUCGGGCAAAUACAAGAACGGCAUUCCGGACGACUCGCGCUUUGCCAACGAGAAGAUCGACUUUGUCAAGGGCUACUGGAAGCGCACAGGCAAGGAGCAGUGGGAUGCCAUUAUCGCCAACGUCAACAAACUGGAGCCCAUUGCUGAACGGCUCGAGACCAAGACGAGCAUCCUGGCCCUCGCCUGGGUGCUAGCAAACCUCAACGUGAGCUCGGCGAUUACGGGCGCGAGUGGUCCUGCACAGGUUUACGAGAACGUGAAGGCGGUGGCUGUGUACAAGAAACUUACGCCGGAAAUUUUGGAGGAGAUUGACAACAUCUUCAACAACAAGCCCCCUGCAGUCACUGCUCGCUUCUAG